UCACAGAGGGGUGGCAAACAGGAUUAAGAGAUUGCUAAUAAUUCUGCAUAAGUUUUCGUUCUUUAAUCUUUGUCCUCCUAUUUUAUAUUUAAGCAAAAAUGUCAGAGUCAAAUACAGAUCAUAUAGACUCAGUGGAGGAAGAAUUAGAAGUAGAAUCUAAUUACAAGCCUCCUCCAGAGAAAACAAUUGAACAAAUUUUAGAAGCAGAUAAAGAAGAUGAAAGUUUACGUAAAUACAAAGAAACACUUUUAGGAGAAGCAAAAUCGGGUGGUAUUGUUAUAGAUCCAAAUGAUCCAAGGAAAGUAAUAGUAAAGAAAUUGGCACUCUGUGUUGCAAACAGACCAGAUAUGGAAUUGGAUUUAACAGGUGAUCUUUCCCAAUUAAAAAAACAAACAUUUGUAAUAAAAGAAGGUGUUAGUUAUAGAAUAAGGAUUGACUUUAUCGUGCAACGUGAAAUUGUGCAUGGUUUGAAAUAUGUACAAAAGACGUAUCGCUUUGGAGUACCGGUGGAUAAAAUGAUGCAUAUGGUUGGUUCUUACCCACCAAAAACAGAAGUGCAAUCGUACACUACCCCAGCUGAAGAUGCACCGGCUGGAGUAGUGGCGCGUGGUGCCUAUAGUGUAAGCUCCUUGUUUACUGAUGAUGACAAGCAUGAACAUCUGAAGUGGGAGUGGUCGUUCGAAAUUAAGAAAGACUGGAAAGAAUAAGCUUCCUCUCAUAACAGGAAGCCUCAUAACGAUCGCGAUUAAAAUAAAAAUGCCAAAAGGGACUCUAAUUUUGAUAGAUAUUCAGCCGUAAUGCGAUGCCAUAACUGUAUUUUUUAAGUAAUAAGAGAAAGAGUAACGUUGAUAUUUAUUUAGAUACUUUUCCUGAAUCGUGAACCUUAAACAUAAACAGUUGGAUGCCCACGCGCGCAUGCAUACACGUCAUACAUAUUACAUAGAAAGACAUAAGUGUGCGCAAAGAUAUAUAUAUUCAAACCAUCGAAUCAUGUAUAGACACUAUUUUGUAAUUGUUCAAAUCAUGCACAAUAUUGAUCAGUAUUUGAUAACUCUUAUGGUGUAGUUGACUAUAUCCUAUUUUAAUUGUUUUGCUUA